AUGCUGGCCAAAACUGGCGUGCAUCACUUCCACGGUGACAACAACGAACUCGGAACCGCCUGCGGUCGCUACUACCGCCGGGCCCUCAAACUCGGGGCUGAAGCCACAGGGCUCGGCCUGGAGAGUCUGGGGCACCAGAUUCGUGACUGGUGCAGCGUAAGGUGCCGAGGUGCAGGUGCUUGUUCAUGCGCCUUGCGCGCUGACCGCAUCGGGACUGUUAAAUGA